CAGAAGAGCUAGCAUACAGUACUUUGCCAACGAUCUCUUAUCUGUUUCGUUUCUAAUCCAGGCUCGAAUGUAUUGUGGAGUAAAUUAUAUUAUUUUAUUUUAUUUAUUUUAUAUACGGGUGUAUACUUACAUGUGUGACCGUUAGCUGGGUUAAAAGUCUAGUGGGUUUGUGAGCUUGUGUUAUACAGAAGAAGACUUUACUUGUAAAAUAAGAGCUUUCCUGCGAGCUGCUAACAGAAACUGGAGAUGUCUGAGAACAGCUCAAUUUCCAAUAAAAUUUAUCGACAAACAGUUUCACAUCCGGAUUACGUUUGGGAAUAUGAAUAUUACGACUAUGAACCUGUUUCAUUUGAAGGACUGAAAGCCCACAAAUAUUCCAUUGUGAUUGGAUUCUGGGUUGGCCUGGCAGUCUUUGUUAUUUUUAUGUUUUUUGUAUUGACCUUGCUGACGAAGACAGGCGCUCCACAUCAAGAAAACCCUGAGCCUUCUGAAAAGCACAAUCGUAUCAACAGCUUUGCAGUCGAUUUUCAUCGCUCCCAGGAGUCAGACAAAGUCCUCUCUUGUCAGGUGGUGGAGGAGUCCUGCUCACUGUUCCACUGUUACAUCAAUGAGGUGGAGCAUUUGGGCAGAGCCAAACUGAACAGCAAGGCUUCAGGCCUGAAACACAGUAACCUUCACAUCCGAGAAACGCUGGGUGAAGACGAACUCGAUGAAGAAAUGAACUCCCUUGCCAAGUUCAACAUCCCUAACUUUGUCAGUUCAGAGCAGAGUUCCACACUGGGUGAUGAUGACUUACUGCUCUGUGAGCAGCCUAUCAUUCUGAAUAAUAAAGCUGAUGAUUCAUCCACAAUAAAUCCUCAGCUAAGAAGCCAGACCCCACAUGGAUUAUUUUAAAGAAAAUUAUUUUACUGUGUAGGCCAUUGACCACAACCCAUAUGGACAGGUGUAGUGUUUUGUGUGGCUGUGUAAUGUGUUGCAUGUACAAAUAUUGCAAUAUGUGUUUCACACAGCACUGCACUUGCAUACAUGCAUGAAAGUGACACUUUAAUAUUAGAGUAAGGUCAAUGUGACAAAUAUGCAUAUUACAUACAAUGUAUGCAACAUAUAUUGGUUUCCACUUGAGCAAACAAUGAAUUUGAGGUGCUGUGUAAGUGUUGUCUAAAGUAUAUGCCCUUUAUUUCAUUUUAACUUCUGUACAAUAUUUUGGGUGGGGGUUGGCCUUAAAGUUCUUGGGGACUCCCAGCCCAAGUUUAUAGCGCUGGCAUGUUAUCAGGUUAGCUUUUCCAUGUGCAAGUCAUGCUUUUUUCAUUUAUGCAACUAAUUCCUCUCAUCAAAACCUGAAUUUGUCCAAAUGUCUAUCUUUCUAAACCUAUUUAACACAUUUUAUUAUGUUGUGCUUUUUGAAGUAUUCUUUCUUAUUGUGUGCAGUAAUACACAACUUUUAAAAUAAUUGUCUUUUAUGCCAAUGUUGAAACUGGAAAGAAAAACAUUGUAUGUUAACCUA